UUAGUAAAAUCAUAAGAAAAUCUCUGAGGCUCUUGGUGAUUUGAUAUUUCCAAAGAAUAUAUAUUAUAAAAAUUGAAUCGAGCUCCUAUCUAUCUAAUCCGUAUAGCAGUAGUCUAAGAUCAAUUCUUCGUCAACAAAACGAGUAACGUUUCUAUCCGCGUUUUUCUUCUCCUCUUCUUUGUCCUAAAGUCUCAAGCUUUGGUCUCGAAAGAUGUCGGUAACAGCUCGAUGAUGAUGGUUUUGUAAAUGGAUGAUGUUAGUUUGGUUGUAGCAGAAUCUAAGUUUGUAAAGUAGAAUACUUUCAGGGUUUAUUCCGCAAAUUCGAUUUUUGGGUCAAAAAAAAAAACACUUUUUCGUUAUUAUCCUACGAUUGGCGAUCGAAGGUUCUUCAUUGAAUUGAGUUGAAUUGAAUUGAAUUGGGGUUGGAUACACAGAAGAAGAAGAAGUUUAGAAAGGGUUACUUAGAUUUUGUAAAAAAAAAAACAAAAUGGAUCGAGUGGUAGGUGGCAAGUUCAAGCUUGGUCGGAAGCUUGGAAGUGGAUCCUUUGGUGAAAUUUUUCUAGGUAUUGAUUCCUUUUUUAUUUUAUGUUCUUGUUUGUCUUUACUUUCUUCUAAAUUUUUUAUAUGCCUUUUGGGUUCAGGAGUGAAUGUGCAGACGGGAGAUGAAGUUGCUGUUAAACUAGAACCUCUUCGAUCUAGGCAUCCUCAGCUUCAAUACGAGUCUAAGCUUUAUAUGCUUCUCCAAGGAGGAACUGGUAUUCCUCACCUUAAAUGGUUUGGAGUUGAGAGUGAAUACAAUUGUAUGGUGAUCGACCUUCUUGGUCCUAGUCUGGAGGAAUUUUUCAACUAUUGCAGUCGAUCUUUCUCUCUCAAAACAGUUCUCAUGCUCGCUGAUCAGAUGUUAAACAGAGUCGAGUAUAUGCAUGUAAGAGGGUUUCUCCAUCGUGAUAUUAAGCCAGAUAACUUUCUGAUGGGUCUUGGCCGCAAAGCAAACCAGGUCUACAUCAUUGACUAUGGACUGGCGAAGAAGUAUAGAGAUCUUCAAACUCAUAAGCAUAUUCCUUACAGAGAAAACAAGAAUCUUACAGGAACAGCUCGAUAUGCAAGUGUUAACACCCAUCUUGGAAUUGAGCAAAGUAGGAGGGAUGAUCUGGAAUCUCUGGGUUAUAUGCUUAUGUACUUUCUCCGAGGAAGCCUUCCAUGGCAGGGACUUCGUGCAGGAACCAAAAAACAAAAGUAUGACAAGAUCAGCGAAAAGAAAAGACUUACGCCAGUGGAUGUCCUCUGUAGAAACUUUCCACCUGAGUUCACAUCCUAUUUCCUCUACGUGCGUUCAUUGCGGUUCGAAGACAAACCAGACUAUUCUUACUUAAAGAAGCUUUUCAGAGACCUAUUCAUCCGACAAGGUUAUCAGUUUGACUAUGUGUUCGAUUGGACAAUACUGAGGUAUCAGCACGGCUCCAGUUCCACUUCCAAUGCUACACCAAGACCAAACCUAAGACCAGCUCUGAAUAUUCCAAUACCAUCUGCCGAGAAACCAGAAAAGCCUUCAACUGGGCAAGACAGAUUCUCAGGUGUUUUCGAGGCAUAUAACAGAAGAACUGGCUCUGGGACUGGCCUCCAAGCUGAUCGGUUUAGCAGACCAAGAACUUCAGAGAACGUUCUUACAUCUAGAGACACGCUUAACAAGGAGAGACCAAUCACUAUAUCCAGGAACCAGAGUUUUUCAAGAAAAGCAGUUGCUGGGUCUAGUGUUCGAGCCACUUCCUCAGCUGAUUUCGCAGAGAACGGGUCGAGCAGAGUCGUCCUAAACAAUGGCCGGCCCUCUACAACUCAGAGGACACAGUUCCCUCCUUCGUCCUCCUCUUUAGCUACAAAGGCUGCACCAUCAAGACUUCCUCCUGACGUUACCCUCGAGUUCCUCACUAUUGGGAACGGCAAGAGGAAGUGAGUCUCCAUAUUAUCGGUCAAGAAACAAACAAACAAUGCCUGGUUUUAAUUGUGUUCAGUGUUAUAUAUAUAGUUACCAUGAUAAAAAAGUAUGUAUAUAAAUAUGGAUGAACAUGUUUUAUAAGCUGAACAAACAUGUGCUUGUUCAGCCCUUCUUUUUCGCUGAUUCAUCAUAUCAUAUGGAAAAGAUUAUUUCGUUUUAUUUUA